UUCUUCUUAAUCUAUCUGCUUAUCCUGGUGGGUAAUGCCCUGAUCCUGGUGGUUGUGAUGGCAGAGCCCAGCCUCCACAAGCCCGUGUACUUCUUCCUGAUAAACCUCUCAGCCCUUGACAUCCUCUCCACUACAGUCACCAUCCCCAUGAUGCUGCCCCUGUUCUUGCUUGGGGACAGCUUCCUCAGCUUCCCUGCCUGCUUCCUUCAGAUGUACCUGUUCCACAGCUUCUCCUGCUCAGAAGCCUUCAUGCUGGUGGUCAUGGCCUAUGACUGCUAUGUGGCUAUCUGCCACCCACUGCACUACCCUGUCCUCAUGACCCCACAGACCAACAGUCUUGCAACCAGUGCCUGGCUCACUGCCCUCCUCCUGCCCAUUCCAGCAGUGGUACAGACCUCCCAGAUGGCAUUUGAAAGCAUUGUCCACAUCUACCACUGCUUCUGUGAUCAUCUGGCUGUGGUCCAGGCCUCCUGCUCUGACACCACCCAGACCUUCAUGGGCUUCUGCAUCGCCAUGGUGGUGUCCUUCCUCCCCCUUCUCCUGGUGCUUCUCUCCUAUGCCCACAUCUUGACCUCGGUGCUUCGCAUCAACUCCCAAGAAGGACACUCCAAAGCCUUCUCCACCUGCAGCUCCCACCUCCUGGUAGUGGGCACCUACUACUCAUCCAUUGCCACAGCCUAUGUGGCCUACAGUGCUGACCUGCCCCUCUACUUCCACAUCAUGGGCAAUGUGGUCCAUGCCAUUCUCACACCUGUUCUCCACUCUCUCAUCUGCAUGCUGAGGAACAGGGAUGUCAAGAUCGCAUGUCCCCAGGAGCCAGGGUGUUCUGGGGGCCCUAGAUCCCUAGAUCCAACUAAUUCAGCUCCCAGGAUACCAAUGACAGCACCUAGCUCAGAAGAACAACUCAAUAAAUAUUUUUAA